UAGGGGAUUUGAAGAUAACGCACAAACUGUAACCAACAAAAGUCGAAAUGGAGAAGAAAGAGUUUUGGAUGAACUUGAGAGAAGAAGACUUAACUGACGAAACCAAGACUCUAAUCUCUUCACUUCCUUCAGAGAAAGAGUACCUUGGUGGAAACCUCUGCAAGUACCAAGGUUCUUGGUAUUACUACAACUUUCUCCAAGGUGUCCUCAAUGUCCAGAGAGGUUUUCAGCCUCAAGACACCGAUGUCAUCGUCGCAUCCUUCCCCAAAUGCGGUACCUUAUGGCUCAAGGCACUCACCGUGGCCCUCCUUGAGAGAUCAAAGAACCGUUCUUCUGAGGAUCAACAUCCUCUUUUAUCCAACAAUCCUCAUAACCUCGUACCGGUUCUUGAGAUGAAUCUGUACCGCGACACCCCAAAACCGGACUUGACCAAGCUCUUAUCGUCAUCUCCAAGGCUGUUCUCUACUCACAUGCCGUACCACACGCUGCAAGAAGCUCUCAAAGACUCUCCUUGCAAGGUAGUGUACAUUUGCAGGGAUGCUAAGGAUUCUCUGGUGUCACGUUGGCAUAUCAUAUGCAGGUGUCUGAAUAAAGAAGAGGACAGAAGCAUUCUUGAGUCUAUGUUCGAGUCCUUUUGUAGCGGGGUUUGUUUGUUUGGUCCCUAUUGGGAUCAUAUCCUGAGUUACUGGAAAGCUAGCUUGGAAAACCCUAAGCGUGUUAUGUUUAUGAGGUACGAUGAAGUGAAGACAGAUCCUCAUGGUCAGGUCAAGAAACUUGCGGAGUUCUUGGGUUGUCCCUUUUCUGAGGAAGAAGUAAACAAUGGAGCUGUGGAUGAGAUCUUGGAGAUGUGCUCUCUGCCUAGCCUCAGCAGCUUGGAGGUUAACAAGACAGGAAAAUCGAUCAAUGGCAUUGACUACAAGAACCAUUUCCGCAAAGGGAUAGUUGGUGACUGGAAGAAUUAUCUAACUCCAGAGAUGGGGAACAAAAUCGACAUUAUCAUGGAGGAGAAACUCAAAGAUUCCGGUUUGAAGUUCUGAGUCAUGUCCUGAAAUGCAUUGUUGUAAUAAUAAAGUAGCUUGUUCCUUUGAUGUAAGGUUCUUGCUUUUGGAAAUCUGAGUGAUGUCAUGUGUUGUUUUUGUGUGUUUUAUUUCCCCUGAGUGAUGUCAUGUGUUAUUUUGUGUGUGUUUUUUUUAUUUGAGAGUAAUUUCAUGUCAUGUUUGUGUGUGUUCUUAAAUAAAAUGUACCUUGACUUUGUGUAA